CAGCAAAGAUGGCGCUGGCGGGCUGCCCACCCCGGCGGCGGACCGGGGCGUGUGCCGGAAUGCGGGCGGGGCGGGCGAUGUGGCGAGGCCCGGCCCCCUCCGCCGCUCUGGGCUGCCGCUCGGCGCUGCCCGGCCGCCCCCCGCCGUGGCCCGGGGAUCACCGCUGAAGGGCCACUGACAAAGAAGGGACAUGCUUGACAGUUGUCUUAGUUGCUUAUGUCGUGCUACGUUGUUUACCCAAAAAGGAGAGGCUGAGACCCCGCUGUUUUCAUCCUUGACUCCUGGGGUUAUGGUACAACUGCAGUAAGAAAGCAAAAACUGUCAAAAGAGCAGCUGGGGACUGAGCAUGGUAGGAUCUUGAACAGCAGCAGCUGGCAUCAACAAGCAGAGGAAGGGAAGGGAUGGCAUCCCGAGAGAGGCUCUAUGAGCUCUGGAUGCUUUACUGCAAUAAGAAAGAUCCAGAUUACCUGAAGCUCUGGUUGGACAGUUUUGUUUCUAGUUAUGAACAGUUUCUGGAUGUGGACUUUGAGAAGCUGCCAACUAGGGUGGAUGACAUUCCUCCAGGAAUAUCGCUGCUUCCUGAUAACAUUCUUCAGGUCUUGAGGCUCCAGCUGCUGCAGUGUGUCCAGAAGAUGUCAGAUGGACUAGAAGAGCAGCAGCAAGCUCUGUCACUUUUACUUGUGAAAUUUUUCAUCAUCCUUUGCAGAAAUUUGGCCAAUGUGGAAGAGAUCGGGAUGUGUUCAUACAUUAACCAUGUUAUCACCAUGACCACAUUAUACAUUCAACAGUUAAAAAGCAAAACAAAAGAGAAAGAAGUGGCAGAUCAGACCCCAAUAGAAGAAUUUGUAAGACAUGCAUUGGCUUUUUGUGAAAGUCUCUACGAUCCAUAUCGGAACUGGAGGCAGCGAAUUGCAGGACGUAUCCUUAGCACAGUUGAAAAGAGCAGACAGAAGUAUAAGCCAGCUUCCCUCACAGUUGAGUUUGUCCCUUUCUUUUACCAAUGCUUUCAAGAAAGUGAACAUCUCAAGGAAAGCCUUAAAUGUUGUUUGCUACAUCUCUUUGGAGCUAUUGUGGCUGGUGGUCAGAGGAAUGCUCUUCAAGCAGUAUCUCCUGCCACCAUGGAAGUCUUGAUGCGUGUUUUAGCAGACUGUGACAACUGGGAUGACAGGAACCCAGAGGAAGUGAGCAGGAAGGCAGAGCUGACUCUGAAGUGCCUGACAGAAGUUGUCCAUAUCCUUCUAACCAGCAGUUCUGACCAGCGGCAAGUGGAGACCAGUACAAUACUGGAGAACUAUUUCAAGUUGCUUAAUUCGGACCAUUCAGCCUUACCUAAUGCAAGACGAUGUAGGCAGUGGGAGAAGAGGUUCAUAGCACUACAGGUCCAAAUGCUAAACACCAUCACAGCCAUGUUAGACUGCACAGAUAGGCCUGUUCUGCAGGCAAUUUUCCUUAACAGUAACUGCUUUGAGCAUCUCAUUCGACUGCUGCAGAACUGCAAGCUGUUUUUAAAUGCUAACAAUAAAGUGGCAGACAAGAGUGAAAAAGACCUUGCCAACAAAUUACUGACAGAAAUGAAUGAGGACCAGGUGUUUCAGGGACACCUAGAUUGCUUGGCAGUAUCAACCAUUCAAGCCCUCACAGCAGUAAUGCAUAAGUCUCCAGCUGCUAAGGAGGUCUUCAAGGAAAGAAUUGGUUAUGCACACAUAUACGAGGUACUGAAGUCACUAGGUCAACCCUCACGGGAACUGCUGGAAGAACUCAUGAAUAUGGCUGUUGAAGGUGACCACAUGGCUGUUGGGAUACUGGGCAUUAGCAAUGUCCAGCCCUUAUUACUGCUUAUCCAGUGGCUACCAGAGCUAGAGUCGCAUGAUCUGCAGAUUUUCAUCUCAAGUUGGUUGAGGCGAAUCUGCUGUAUUAACAGGCAGAGUCGAGCCACAUGUGUCAAUGCAAACAUGGUCAUCCGUAUCAUUGAGACAUUAAAUUCCCACUCCGCACUCCAUAGCUCUUGUGCAGAGAAUCUGAUUGCCCUUCUGGGCUCUUUGGGGAGCCAGUCUAUGGGCUCGGAAGAACUGCUCCGACUAAUACGGCUCUUGAGGACUGAGGAACCAAAACGGGCUCACCCUUACGUCGUGCCGGUGAUGCGAGCCAUCCUAGCAAUGGCCCGGAAGCAAGGCAUGGCUAGUGCCUUGCAGUAUUUCAACUUGUACCACAGUAUGGCAGGAAUUGCUGUUCCAUCAAUUCAUAAGUGGCCAGGCUCUGCAUUUUCUUUCAAUGCUUGGCUCUGCCUUGACCAGGAUCAAAUGACCCCUAGCACGACUAGCAAAAGUAGCAAGAGGAAGCAACUCUAUAGCUUUUUUACAGGAAGUGGUAUGGGUUUUGAAGCCUUCAUUACGUGCUCUGGGGUAUUGGUGGUUGCGGUUUGCACAAAGAGGGAAUAUGCAACAGUGAUGCUGCCUGACCAUUGUUUUUGUGACUCUCUCUGGCACAACAUAACUAUUGUUCACAUGCCUGGAAAGAGGCCCUUUGGUCAGAGCCUUGUAUCCAUCUAUGUCAAUGGACAGCAGAAGGUCUCUGCUCCACUUCGAUUCCCUGCUAUGAAUGAACCUUUUACUUCCUGCUGCAUUGGUUCAGCUGGUCAAAGAACGACAACUCCUCCCCCAUCUCAGAUACCAGACCCACCUUUUUCCUCUCCUGUUAUGCCGCAUCGUACAUCACUUGGAGGCAUUCUCUCUCCGGGAGGCUGGAGCGGGAUGCUUGCAAAACCAGAGCUCGUCACCAAGAUGAUUUCAGCAGGGACUCAGGACAGUGAAUGGGGAUGUCCAACAUCCCUGGAGGGCCAGCUUGGAUCAGUUAUCAUCUUCCAUGAAGCCCUGCAGCCGCCUCAGGUGAAAGCAUUGUAUUUGGCAGGUCCAAACUGUUUAACUCCAUGGAAAUCUCAAGAGUCUGAAGUAGCAGAUCUCCCCAGUAAGGUGCUGCUUCAUUAUACACCCAAGGCCUGCAGAAACCCGAUUUGUCUUGACCUAUCUGCAAAUCUCUUACAUGGAAGACUAACUGGAAACAAAAUAGUGAAUUGGGACAUCAAGGAUGUGAUCAACUGUAUUGGUGGAAUAAAUGUGCUGUUACCACUGCUGGAGCAGAUCAUCUUUCUUGGUGGACAGAUGCCUCAGAAGUCUGAAGGGGAAAUGCUACCGCCAGAACUAGUUACUCCUGUAGAGGGAGACUGGGUGGUAUUGUUGUCCACAAAGGCAUCAGAGGCACGUUUGGAGAAGAACAUUGUUGCAACUUUCAUCUUGAUGAUAAAACACUUUAUUCAAAGACACCAUGUUAAUCAAGAAAAUCUUAUUCACUCCCAUGGAGUUGCCACCCUAGGAGCCUUGUUACAGAAGGUGCCAAGAAACUUGAUGGAUGUGAAUGUACUGAUGGCUGUACAGUUGUUGAUAGAGCAAGUCUCAGUAGAAAAGAACAUGCAGCUUUUGCAACAGAUGUAUCAACACUUACUGUUUGACUUCAGUAUCUGGAACAGCGGAGACUUCCCCUACAGAAUUGGGCAUAUACAAUAUCUUUCCACAAUCAUCAAAGACAGCAGAAGGCUCUUCAGAAAGAAGUAUGGUGUGCAGUUUCUUCUAGACACACUCAGGAUUUAUUAUGGGAGUGGCUGUAAAGAAAGUGACUUGGCUCCAGAUGACUUGAGAACAAUAAGGACAUCCCUUUAUGGACUGAUCAAAUAUUUCCUCAGCAAAGGUGGAACUCAUGAAGAAAUACAGAGUAUCAUAGGAUAUAUAGCUGCCACCAGUGAAGAGGAACAGCUGUGUGGAAUUCUGGAUGUCCUCUUCAGCCUGCUUCAUUCCAGCCCAACCCCAGACCAGCUUUUUUUACUGCUUUUUGAACAAGGAAAUGCUGAUGUUCUUUAUGCUUUGUUAUUGCAUCAAAGAUAUUCUGACAGGCUGAGAGAACUUGUGUUCAAGAUUGUGGAAGAGAUGUUGAAAUGUACUAAAGUCUAUGAACGGAGUAAGCAGCGUAUGAGACUCAGAGAAGUGGGAUACUCUGGACUGGGGCUUCUUCUGAAUGAAUCACCAGUUUCUGUUUCUUUCAUUAAAAAUCUUCUUAACCAAGUUCUAUGUGCAGAUCCUGCUGUGAAUUAUAAAGACCUCAUAGCUGUAGUGCAUCUGGCUCAUAGAUCUGAUGUAAACGUCAGAGUGGCUAUCUGUAGGAAGGUUUUGCACCUUUUGCAUUCCCAACCGGAUGCAGCACAACAGAUUUCUCAGCAGCUGGGGUGGCAGGACACUUUGAUUAGACUGUUUCUGAAAGAAAACUCUGAUGUCCCAAUUGGCCUUAAAGGGAACAGGGCUGAUUCUUCAAGGGAGGAGGGAAAAAAGCUUCCUGCUGAAGAGCUUCAGAAACAUUAUACUGAUAAGACAGAGGGAGACAAAGUUGGUAGCUUUGCCUCUGUUAAUGGUUUGUUUGAUCAGUGGAGUUUGGAAGACAACAAAUCCCUGGAUACUCCUGCUCAUUUCUCUGUUAUGCCACUGGAAGAUGCCUCUGCAGCAGAGAUGUCUUUUAGGUCAGAGGAACGAGAUGAAUUAUGGCACAGUAAUCCUUCCCACUUGAGUUUAGAUCUGUCCAGUGUUGACUCUUAUGAACUGGCUGACAUCGGGAAUCAGAUGACAGAUAGCCUGCCGAGCACACCGUCACCUGUAGAGAACACAAAACCGUUCUCUGGGCAACCUGACAAGGAACUGGGUGUCAAAAAUGAUGUGGGUUUCACCACUGAUCUGUCUGUAUUUGAAAACCAAGGAGGUUGUGAUAAUGAACUCAUACAGUUACUUACAGACAUCCUGCUGUGUGUAAUGUGGAAAGGCCUUGAAAGAUCUGAUGAUGAUGCUUGGAUUGAGAGAGGACAGGUGUUUUCUGCACUGACCAAGCUGGGAAUAGCUAAUGAAUUGCUGCGACCUUCUGAUGAAAUAAAGCUCAACUUGCUAGAGAAGAUGUUAGAAUGGUCGGUCACUGAUAACAGAGAUUCAAAAGCUCUCCCGACGCAUGCUGAAAAUGCCUUCCGGCUCUUGUUAAUUGUACAAGAUUUCCUUCAGGCAGAAGGACUAGUCAAUUCAAAUUUAUGGACAGAAAAGCUCUUGGAAGAACUAGUGACUCUUAUGGAUUGUCUGUCGAUCUGGUACUCUGCUGGCCCAGAAGCAAUCAGACUUUCACAGGUGCAAGUCCAGUUGCUCCUUGGAUUCAUUGCACAAGAUAACAUACAGGUUUGUGCCAUGGCAGCAGCCAAACUAAACACCCUUCUUCAGACUAAAGUAAUUGAGAGCCAGCCUGAAGCAUGCUACCUCCUGGGGAAGCUGGAAGGCAUCUUGAGUAGAUCAAUUGAAGAGAAGACAGAAACAUAUUCAUUUUUGAUUCCCCUUGUUCGAACACUCGUAUCCAAAAUUUACGAACUUCUCUUCAUGAACCUACACCUCCCUUCAUUGCCUCCUACUAAUGGCAGCCCCUCUUUCUUUGAGGACUUUCAAGAGUAUUGCAGGUCUGAUGAGUGGCAAGUUUAUAUUGACAAAUAUAUUAUUCCAAAUAUGAAGCAGUACGAAGACAAUUCAUUCAGAGAUUGUCACGAGCAUAUGGCACUUUAUUGGAAAGACUGUUAUGAAGCAUUCAUGGUGAAUAUGCACAAGCGAGACCGGGAGAGAGGAGAAAGCAAGCUCAAAUUUCAGGAGUAUUUUGUGGAACCAUUCAGCAGAAAGGCUCGCCAGGAAAAUCUGCGAUACAACAAUAUGCUAAAGCAGCUUAAUAGUCAACACACAACUACUCUGAGACAGUGGAAAGCAGCCCAGCUUUACUUGCUCUCUGAACGCGGUCCUUGGUCUGAAAAGAAACAGCAUCCUGUUCACUGGAAACUUUCAAAUGUGGAAAAUUAUUCACGUAUGAGGCUAAAACUAGUGCAGAAUUACAACUUCAACUCUCAUCAGGAUGCUAGUGACCUGAGAGACAAUUUAGGUGUGCACCAGACACAGCCUUCUAGUGAGUCUCUGCUUCUGGAGGUUGUGAAGCAGGUGAAAGUGAGUGACUUGGAAGAUGAUGUUCUUGAACUACCAGAAGAAGACACAGCAGUCGGUGCCAAUAUGGAUGAGAAGGAGGAGCAAAGCCAGAAAGAAAAGCUAGUGUUGUCUGAAGACUGUGAACUCAUUACAGUAAUUGAUGUGAUACCUGGCAGGCUAGAGAUCACUACCCAGCACAUCUAUUUCUUUGAUGGUAGCAUUGAAAAAGAGGAAGGGGUCGGUUUUGAUUUCAAAUGGCACCUUUCACAAAUUCGAGAGAUACAUUUGCGUCGGUACAACCUGAGGAGGUCAGCCUUGGAGAUCUUCCUUACAGAUCAAACCAACUAUUUCCUCAACUUCAAUAAGGAGGUGAGAAACAAAGUUUACAGUCGGAUUUUGUCACUGUGUUCCCCAAAUGUUUCUGGGACUAGAUCUCCACAGGAACUCUUCAAAGCUUCGGGUUUGAUGCAGAAAUGGGUGAAUAGAGAAAUAUCCAACUUUGACUACCUUAUUCAGCUGAACACAAUGGCAGGACGAACUUACAAUGACCUUGCUCAAUAUCCUGUGUUCCCCUGGAUUUUACAAGAUUAUACUUCAGAAGAACUGGACCUAAAUAAUCCUGCUGUCUUUAGAGAUCUGUCCAAACCCAUUGGGGUGGUAAAUGAAAAGAAUGCCAAGACCGUGAAAGAGAAAUAUGAGAAUUUUGAGGAUCCGCUUGGGAUAAUUGACAAGUUUCACUAUGGAACACAUUACUCAAACGCUGCUGGUGUCAUGCAUUACCUCAUUCGGGUAGAACCUUUCACAACGCUUCAUAUCCAGCUUCAGAGUGGCAGGUUUGACUGUGCAGAUCGCCAGUUCCACUCCAUUCCUGCUACCUGGCAGGCACGCAUGGACAACCCCAAUGACGUGAAGGAACUUACACCAGAGUUCUUCUACUUCCCAGAGUUCCUCGAGAAUCAAAAUGGUUUUAACCUGGGUCAGCUUCAAAUAUCCAAGGAGAUAGUAAAUGAUGUUAUUCUCCCCAAAUGGGCCCACUCCCCGGAAGACUUCAUUUGUAAACACAGGAAGGCUCUGGAAUCAGAGUACGUUUCUGCUCAUCUGCAUGAAUGGAUAGAUUUGAUUUUUGGCUACAAGCAGAGGGGCCCGGCUGCAGUGGAGGCACUCAAUGUCUUCUACUACUGUACUUACGAAGGAGCUGUGGAUUUGGAUGCUUUAACAGAUGAGAAAGAAAGGAAAGCUUUAGAAGGGAUGAUAAACAAUUUUGGACAAACUCCCUGUCAGUUGCUCAAGGAGCCACAUCCUCAAAGGCUGUCUGCAGAAGAGGUAGUGCAGAGAUUGACCAGAAGUGAUACCUCUACUCUGAAUCUCUUCCAGCACCUCACUGAACUGAAGUCAUUCUUCAUAGAGGGAAUCAGUGAUGGUGUCCCCAUUGUCAAAGCUAUCGUCCCAAGGAAUCAGUCACGUUCUUUUAUGUCUCAGGGAAGCCCAGAGAUCUUGGUAACAGCAAGUCUGAAUUGCCUUAUUGGAACCCACGGUUGGCUACCUUAUGAUAAAAAUAUCUCCAACUAUUUUACAUUCAUCAGAGAUACCACAGUAACAAAUCCAAAAACCCAGCGCAACAUAGGUGGUCCUUUUGCACCAGGACUGGAGAUCACCUCUAAGUUGUUUGCAGUAUCCCAUGAUGCAAAAUUGCUGUUUAGUGGAGGACACUGGGAUAAUAGCAUCAGAAUAACAUCUCUUACAAAAGGCAAGCUGGUUGGGCAGCACAUCAGACACAUGGACAUUGUGACCUGCUUGGCAAUAGAUUACUGUGGAAUCCAUCUAAUUUCAGGCUCCAGAGAUACUACCUGCAUGAUAUGGCAAAUAGUUCAGCAGGGAGGAGUGCCCGUAGGUCUGGCACCUAAGCCCUUACAGAUCCUUUAUGGGCAUACUGAUGAAGUUUCAAGUGUUGGCAUCAGUACCGAGCUGGACAUGGCAGUGUCAGGAUCCAGGGAUGGGACUGUUAUUAUCCGCACUGUUCGGAAAGGUCAGUACAUGAGGACUUUGCGGCCACCUUGUGAGAGUUCUCUCCUGCUGAUUGUUCCCAACCUGGCUGUGUCUUCGGAAGGUCAUAUAGUUGUCCACACCAGCAUAGAAGGAAAGACCACUCUUAAGGAUAAGAACGCAUUACAUCUCUACUCUGUCAAUGGAAAGUACCUGGGUUCUGAGACUCUGAAGGAGGAAGUAUCCGAUAUGUGUGUGACUGGCGAGUAUAUUGUGAUGGGCAGCUUGCAGGGAUUCCUCUCCAUACGGGAUCUCUACAGCCUGAAUCUGAUCAUCUCCCCCUUAGCCAUGAGACUGCCAAUUCAUUGCAUUUCUGUCACCAAAGAAUACAGCCACAUCCUUGUUGGCUUGGAGGAUGGCAAGUUGAUUAUCGUUGGUGUUGGCAAACCAGCAGAGAUGCGCUCAGGUCAGCUUUCCCGAAAGCUGUGGGGAUCAAGCAAACGGCUCAGCCAGAUCUCAUCAGGAGAGACUGAAUAUAACACUCAAGAUCCCAAGUGACUGCUGCUUCCACCUUCUCUCAUGGAUUCCAGAAAAAUGCUUAAUCUUUUUGUCACUUUAAACAUAUCUGCAACUUUCAGGGGUUUGAUUCUUAACAAUCUGUUGAAGAUGAAGCUAUGGUAGAGGUAUAGUAAUUUCCAUACGUACCCGUGCAAGUUAACUUGCUUGCAUACUUUUGCUUAACCAUGUUGAGUUGGUCACAGCAGAAUCCUCUCUAAAUAGCUGCUAAAACUGUGUUUCAGGGAAACAAACAAACAAAAUACCCCAGACCUCCAAACCCAAACUUGCUAAUUGGAUUUGAGAUGAGGAGCACUUGAUUUAAACCCACAUAGGGCCAGAUGCUCCUUGAGCACGAGGAAGAUAUUUGGCUUUGCUUUGACAGCAUUGCAAUUCCCCAGCAGUAAACUAAGAGUCCAUCAGUUGUGCUGGUCUGAAAUGGGGAUAGCUGACACAACCUUUUCAAUAUGUUUUUUUUAGACCAAUCCACUUGUGAUUUAUUCCUGUAAAUGGCUAUUGCUGUCUUUUUUUUGUCUAGUUCUAGUUUUAGGCCAUUUUGCAAGGAGCAUCUGUGUUGCACUACUUGAUUAUCAGAAAUUGUUUGAAGUACGGAAAUGAAUAACUUCAGAGGAGUUGAAGGUAGUGGAGAAGUUGAGGGAGGUGGGAAAUACUUGCUGCUGAGAAUUAUUUAUGUUGUUAAGUAGACUAAGACACACUAAGAAAUCCCUUAAUGUAUUUUAGGAUCCUGUAGAAACACAGAGGAAAUAAUCAAGUAUCCACAUUGGUCAAAGAUUCUGUUUCAUUAGUAAGGCAACUCCUGCAAACAAAGAUAACAGAUUUCCACUGCAAAAUCACUUGAACAACAUUGCAGCACAAUUUAAAUAAAGAGCACCUGGUUGUCUCUUGGCUUGGUAUUCACCAAACCAGUUAUUAGCUAUAUUUUUGUUUCUGGAAAGCAAGCAGGAAAACAGAUAAUGGAUCCAUUUUCAAGAUGUGUUUAAUGCCUGGAAGAGAAAAACAGCAGAUCCUUGCAUGCACUCUACACAGCAGAAUAGUUAUGGACUGGCUGCUGUUCUUGGAGAAGUCAUUAGUGAGUGGUUUUGUUCUAGACAUACGUGAUGAUGGUAGAGUGCGUGUUUUCCUGUUGUUCUGGCAUUUCUGCAAAGUAAAUGUUAAUGUUUCAAAUGAUAAGCCCUCUACUGUUGGGAAAGCCUGGUGCUAAAGGGAAAAUACUAAUUUUUUGAUUGAAGUGUGAGGUUUUGUGUGUGUGCGUGUGUGUGUCCGUGUGUGUAUAUAUAUAUGUAUAUAUAUGUGUGUAUGUGUAUUGAAAGAAGAUGCUCUUCCCCUUGCAUCCUUUGGGAUAAGGGGAGUAUAGAUAUAAGGCAGAGCUGUAAGUGAUUGUUAGCUAAUAUGUUCCCUUUUGGGCUACCCUUUUCUCCAUCUUCUGCCAUUGCUCUUCUUGUUUUUUUUUUAAUUUUAUUUUUAUUUAUUUAUGGAAAUGGUUAUGUGUUGUAUCUUCUAUAAAUGUUACCAGAUCUUCCCUGUGGUUGGGGAGCUGUUGAACUACCUGAGGAAUUCCAGUAUGCAUAAUCUCAUUUCAUUAGCUUUUAACACAGUAUUUAUUAACUUUAUAGGAAUGGUAGUACCUCUGCCCCUCACCCCCUUCAGGGUAAUCUUUACAAGCUCCGCUAGUUCUCAUUACAACUGUUUUCUCCUCAACUUCUUUAACAACAACGAAGUCCUUCUUAAUGAUCGAUUAUUGUGUGUUCUGUAAAGAAUAUUGUGUUGCUUCUUCUUAACUUUAGUAAAUGAAAUAAUAAAUCAGACUAGUGAACAAGUGGGUCUAUGCAUAGUUGCAAUAUUCUGACUAAUCACUGUGACAGACUGGAUCAUCUGGAAAGUGAGGAGAAGAUCAGAAGCAUUUCCUUGAGGCACUUGUCAAGACAGCUUGGAAUUUCCAAAAAUUUAAGUGGUGUGUUUUUCAGAUUCUGUGUAAACACACACACAUCACAUACUUUGAAAUAAGCUGUAAAGAAGUGAAGGCCUAUGUGAAAAAUACUAUUUAUAAUUGAUUACCUAUCCAAUAACAGUACUAAAGAUACGCUGGAAGUAUUAAGCAUGUGUGUGCAAACGUGCGGUAGGUUUGUCCUUUAUAAUUUCACGAAGAAGGGAUUUCUGAGGAGUUCUUUAGAGAGCACUUCAGAAGAAUUCCGGCUCUGAAUGUGUGAUUUUUGUGAUGUGGGAAGUCAAAAAAAAAAAAAAAAAAAAAAAACUUGUUUUGGGGCAUUGAGUUAUGACUUUUGUAAGUGUGCGUAUAUGUACCAUUUUAAGUGCAUAUAUGAAGUUCAGUGUAUAUAUUUGCAGGGGGAAAAUUAGGAUGUUUCAGGCUAGGAGAAUCAAGUGUAAAAAUGGAGGAGAUAGGUGUUUAGUAAUGCUUGGCCAGAACGUGGGUUUUCUGUUGUCAUGUGCACAGAGAGGUUCACAUCUGGGUUCAAGAACCUCUUGCUGUGCUUUAGGUGUGUUUAUACAGAAAUGGAAUUGAUGAAUGUGUUUAGUAGUUUAAUAUUCAAGAAUACUGAGUACACCGUGUCAGCUUAAAUAAAAUAUAAUGUAGUUUCAAUAAUUGGAGAUGGCAGAGUUUAUGAUGAAGUGCUUUGAUGUUUGAAUGCCAUCACUGCAGUGCUUCACAAGCGUUAGGUGAUACGCACAAAUACCUGGGAAUGGUUUAAAUAUGGGCAGUUCUGGGGCUCUCGGACUCGAAGCUAGUUGGUGCCCUGCAGCAGCAGAGGGAGGGGAGGGACAGGUGAGCUCGGAGCCGCUUCACGCUCUGUGCAGGAUGGCAGCGUCUGCCGUCGUUUCUUUUAUCUGCCCCUUGAGGACGAGAGAGCAGUAUGUGCUGUCACACACUCGGCGCUCUUUCCAGAGUGCCUCUGCAAAGACCCCCAUAGGUUCGAAGGUGUGCAUUUGCUUUUAUCUAAAACUAGCUUUAAGUAAGAUACAGCAAGUAAGUGCAAGUAUUAGCUGAUAUUUUGCUUAAUUCUAUUUUAACUUAUUUUUUGUAACUCAUCUUGAGUUUUUUGCUUUUGUUGUUGUUUUUUGAAGGAGAAAAUUAUUUUUCUGGACAGCUGUUUAGGUUGACUGAACUGUAGUCUGUUAUGUAGUGCACUGGGAAUUAGUGAAGUGACUUUCUUUGGUCCUUUUUUUUCUUCCUUUUCCUCAAGGGAAUGAAGCUUAGGAUCCUAACACAUUCUCUUUUUCAUGUAGAACAAUACAUAGUAGUGAAAUAAUUCUUGUUUGUUGUUGAACUAAGAUUUAUUUAUUAAGUAUAAGAAGUAAAGCUGUGAGAUGAAACAAAUCUGACUAAGAAUUCAGAAUAAACAAGUCUUAACUGCACAAUUGUUUCAUAACACUACAUUUGUCAAGACCACCAUGGUGGCAUUGUCUUACAUUUAAUCUUUUGGACACCCCUAAUGAUAUUUAUGAAAGCUGAAAAUAUGCUUACCUUUGACACUAAGUAACUGUAAAUGUAUGUAUCUAAAAGAAACUGAAAAUUGACUUCCUUCACGUACCUGUGUAUAAAGUAGAUCAAGCAGUUAGCUGUAUUGAGUAACUUCUCCCUAGUACAGUUAGAACUUGUAUACCAAAGGAUGAUGCUUAGAAGACAUCCCUCCUUUAUUUCAAGUAUAAUGUAUGUCAAAUUUCUCUUCAUCUGUUUAGUUAUAAUUCUUGGUGGUAUUUUUUUAGUGGUCUUAUUUUUAUUGACAGUGAAGAAUCUCAUCUAGUCUGUAUGGUUUUGUAGUGUAUCAGCAUUCAGAAAGUUAAAUGUUUGCUGUUCAAGUUGGCAUCUGAAAUAUGUGAAUUAUACUGUAUCGAUCUGUUUGUUAUCUAAUACUCACUCGUAGGAUAUCUAGAAAUCAUGUGUCUUCCAUCAUCCACAUACCUUACCAACACCAGCACAAAAUAAUAAUAAUCUCCAUCUUAAAGCUAAACUGUAUUUCUCUCAUUGGUUAAUGCACAUUGUGGAAAUUACAUUUUAGGAAGCUUGUUUGAUUAGAAAAGAAAUAGAUUAUAGAUUGUUUUGCUAUUCUGCAACAUUGAUACAAACAAGCUUUUUUUUCCCCCUGGCCUACCUUAGGUCGUGAAUGUUAUCACAAAACAGAUGUAUCAAAGUCUUUACAGGCUUUAAAUAGUCUAAAGAACUGGCUGUUUUAUAAAGAUCCUCUUUAAAGCUGUCUUUUUGUGUCCUUAAAAUGAAGUGCAAAGCAUUAUGUUUCCAUACUGUAAAAAAUCUCUAUGGUACUGGUAGUGGUCCUACAUCAGUUUGCUUUAAGAUGCCUGCAGGAAUGAGUUUAUUUUUAUUUACAAUGCAUGAUAGGUGUUUAAUCCUGCCUGGGCUGAUGGGAGCCCUAUACCUGACUCCCCUAGACCUUGCCUUCUUCCUCCCCUGCUUCCCCUCCAGGUCCCUCCUGGUGAUUUUUUGUUGUGCGAGAUUGGAGAAAAUAUAUAUAGCAACCAAUCAUUUAAACACUUUUACUGUGUAUGUGUUGUAUUUAGUUGAAAGUGUUUAUCCCUCUAUAGAUGACAGUAUGGUAGGGAGCUUUAAAGCUAGGGAGGGGAGCGGAGGAGGUGGGUGUUCCCAUCAGCCUCCUUAAGCACCUAAACUGAGACUCUUUGGAGCCUCUUGCUCUAUAUGGUCACCUGAAGGCACCCCUCUUCCGCUGUGAAAGGCACCUUGCUGGCUAGGUUAGAUGCCGAUGCUGGGUGCUGUGAGUAUUUUUUUUUCCUUUGAACUAAAAAAUCCCUUAUAUAGAUACCUAUUUUUAUGUGAAUCCAAGGUCUGGUCUAGUAAAUACUGUUAGAUGAAAGCACUAAGGAUAUAUUUAACUUUGGGAAUUUAAGCAUGUAGUUGAGUGCUUUCUAGAAUGGGCUCUUCAUGCUUUCAAAAGCCCUGGAGCUCUCAGUUGUAAACGUGAGACCUGUUAGUAGUCAGUUGCUUGUGAAAGUUAUGCUAAGAACUGACUUAAGCAGGGCAAAUAUACACUCUCUGGGCUAGUUACCAGCACGUAUUAGCAAAACCUCCACAAAGUAAAUAUUAUAGAUGAGUAAAGAAAUAGUUCUCGGAUGACAUAUGCCACAAAGUGCUACACUUGCGCAGACUAAUUUAUUUUUAAUUCUUCUUGCUGAGCAUGAACAUUGGUUUUUGGGAAUGCACAGUCAUAAGUGGUGCUGUAAUAAGCCAGCGACAGCCCAAUAAGUACAAGGGAGUUAUUGAAAAGGGUGUCCAGUAACAGAUUAUAUUAAUUUGCAUUGCUUUAAAAUUGUGCACAUCUAUUUGGCUGGGACUGCAGAGAUCCCGUCAGUGAUGCAAGAUAUACUUCCUCCUUUGGGGGAGAGUAAUGGGUUUUUUGCACGUGGAUUCCUUGUGUGCCAAUGUCAGACUCAACUGGAGUGUUUGGAAGAUGCCUUUCCUUCCAUCCUGAGGAGCCAAAUUUGUCUAAUUAUCUCUAAUACCCUUGUUAGCACAGGCUUAAAAAAAAAACAAACACCAAAAAAACAAGGAAGAGUUUCUAAAAAACUACUGCAGUUGAUAAAACUAGGUAAAAUACUGUUGUCCCCUUCUUCACCAUCAUAGUCAUCAGAUGCCUGAAUGCAGAAAUGCCUCUUGAGCGGCAACAUAGCAUGCUCUGCACAGGUUACUUUUGAGUUGAGUACUGUCAUUCCUCUUACUACUGUCAGAAGCCAAGUCUACAAACACCCUGUAGGUGAGGAACUGUUUCUAGUGUUUAAACAAAGAUAUCGUUUGUUCAGUUUUGGUUCACCUCCUUUUGCUGUGCAUCUCUGGAAGAAAACUGGUGUUUUGGUUUUCUUUUAAUUACCAUUUACCCAAAUGGCCCAGGUAGAAUAGGUGUUUCAUUGCUUUUCUUCAGGAAAGAGUUCCUCCAGUUGCAUGUGCUUUCUAGUUUUGUCUGCUGGACUUGGGAAACCUGGCAAGUAUUUCCCGAGUGUAGAUCUGUGAUUAGACUCAGUGCAGACGCAAUUUCAUAACACAUCUUCUGUCCUAGAAACACAAUUGUCAGUAUAGAUUAUGGUUUAAAGCUGCUAAGGUGUCUUGAGAUGAACAUCCAGCCAUAUUUAUCCUAGGUGUAACUUAGAGGCCACUUGUUUAUUUAACUUCCUAUCUAGUCAGUAUUUACUCUUGAGGGAGCCAUAUUUUUUUGUCCCAAAGCAACUAUUUAAAAUAAACUUAUUCAUGUACCUGACCAUAAUGCUUUAGUCAUAGGUAGCUGUGAGCUGUUACUUAGAGAAAGCCAUGAGAAAAAACUUUUAAGGAAAACUUGCUACAUGUGUUCCGAUUCAACCCUUAGCUAUGCAGGAGCAGCCUCAUCUAAGAGUGGAGAAAUGCUGCUUUUAAGAGUUAUCUCCCUUUAGUCAGGCUUUUGUUGGAAACUGUGCUGCUACUCAGUUUUCUUAAUUAAGUUAGGUAAGCAAGACACUUGAACAUGCUUCAGCAUUCGUUUAAAUUACUAAAGCUUAAUGGGAGUGAGGGAAAUAAAGGCCUUACUUAUAGCAACAGUUAACCAUAUCAUCUGGUAGUUUUUACAGAUUGUGCAAUUAUGUGAUUACAAAUGGAUUUCUAAAUGCCAAAAAAUGCCUUUCUUUAAAGAGUUAAAUGUUUGGUCUGAGGAGUGUUGAAUAUAUCUAACUUCAAAGAUGAGCCUUCAGGCACUGCAAUGAACUUGUUAGUCUUCUGUGCAAUAUCUUUUUCCCUUCUGGGUGCUUUAAGUGUAUACUGUAUGUCUUAUUGUUUUGAUCAGUAUGUUUUAAGAGUGUGUAUAUUGGCUAAUGAUGGAUUUUUCUGUACAGCAUGAUGGAAGAUGUUUUAAAAUUUUGCACUUUUCUAGGAUUUGCAAGUUUGUAACCUAACACUUUUUAAGAUGCACACUUUUGUACAUAACUAAAUUAGCUCUGUAUAUACUUAACAUGGGUCUGAAGCAAAUAAAAAUAAUUGAAUGCAUAA